AUGUGCGGGUAUGCCAUGGCACCUGGCGCCGCCUCUGUUUCCACCUUGUUUUAUACCACGGUCGGCACCACGCUAUGCAUUUCGUCCGCCAAUGCCAUUAACCAAUGGAUUGAAGUACCUUACGACGCACAGAUGCUCAGAACACGAAACCGAAUUCUGGGCAGACGCCAACUGUCACCGUUCCAUGCAUUUUCGUUUGGUACCUUGACAGGUGCUGCUGGUGUGACCAUGCUCAGUACCAUGGUCAACCCCUUGACAGCCGCUUUGGGUGCUGCCAACAUUUUCCUGUAUACAUGUGUUUAUACGCCCAUGAAACGGUCCUCGAUUGCAAAUACCUGGGUAGGUGCCGUGGUGGGCGCUAUCCCGCCCAUGAUGGGUUGGACGGCCAUGACCAAUGGCGUUGAACCGGGCGCUUGGGUUUUGGGUGCCAUCUUGUAUGCAUGGCAGUUUCCACAUUUCAAUGCCUUGGCUUGGAACUUGCGUGCGGAUUAUUCCAAGGCCGGAUAUCGCAUGAUGGCUGUCACGGAUCCUAAAUUGAACGCUCGUGUUUCUUUGCGUUAUGCUUUGGCCAUGGCCCCUCUCUGUUUGAGUAUUCCGUAUAUGGGCUUAACAAGUUGGUGGUUUGCUCUGGAUUCUUCUGCUGCGAAUGCCGGUUUAAUCUAUGGUGCUUACAAGUUUUGGAGGGAUAGUAACGAAAAAACGGCACGACAGCUGUUUUUCGGAAGUAUCAUUUAUUUACCGGUAAUCAUGUCGCUGAUGAUGGUGCACAAGGUGUAUGAUACGGACAUGACACAAUUACUAUCCUGGGAUGACAGUGACUUUGUUGACGAAGAAGUCUUUGAGUCACCACAACCUCAGCAAGUACAAUCAUGA